AUGGAGGAGCUACGGCAUGACCCGCCAGAUUCCAACGUUGUCACGGAGCGAAACGCACAAGCUACGACUUUGAACACCACAUUCAACGCUGAUGAUGCCGCUACAAAGGAUACUACUACUCCCGUUGCCGUCUCUCAAGGUGACGCUGUCGUCUUACCACGCGCCUGCACGCUCUCCUCCACCGGCACCACCCUCUCCAACACGUCCUACUCACUCGGCCUGCUCCCGGUCUCUCAUUCCUGCGAUGUCCCCGAAUCGAUACCGCCCGAUCGCGCGACCCUCGUCAAGGCGGAAAAGGGCGGCGGCUACGUCUGCAAAGGAACGAGACUGAAGAACGACCUCUAUCGAGCCGUUGGUCUCUUGGAACUGGCCAACGCGGGCGACUUUGCUGCCAAUGUGUGGAACAAGUACCCGGUGCCGGUAUAUGCGAUUGUCUUUAUGGUGGUGGGAGCGACAUUUGCGGGAAUCAUGUCUGUCUUUGCGAUUCUCGACGCGAGGCGUGCCUGGCGGAACGUCACAUUCCUCCGCCAGCAGUACCGGGAGCUGAAAGAAGCGCGGGAGAGACGGGCCGCAAAGGCGCAGCCGACGACAGACCUGGACGUGCUCUUGUCCGUCGUGUAUCGCGAGCUGGGCACGGAGGGCAUCAAUCGCUGGGGUCUCAACCUGUUCAUGGGCGUCGGUGCCGUCCUCAUCGCCCUCGGCACAUACCUCGCCCUCGGCGGACAGAACGAUGCCAUCUUCCUGGCCAGCAACCUCCUCUCUGGCUACGUCGGCAACUCCCCCAUCGCGGCCUUUGGCGCCGUCAAUACGUGCUGGGCGUACUACAUCUUCUGCAAGGCCCAGGGCCACGUCAACGCCGCCUCCAAGGCGAUUCCGGGAACGCGCGCCAUGGCCUUGAUCAGACGGCGCAGCAGGAACCUGCAAGUGUACACUGCCAUCAACGGCACGGCCACGUUCGUGGGAGGCGUCGGAUCGAUGAUUACAGCGACGAGAUGGUGGGGAUAUGUCAUUCUGAUCCCGGUCAUCAUGUCUGCGGUAUUCUGCAACCACUGGUGGCGGACGAGAGCGGGCUACACGCGUCGAGAUCUGGUGCCGUAUGGGAUGUGCGUUAUGAAGCCCGAUGAGCUUUCGACGGCGUUGGACUUUGCUUCUAGGGCGCCGAGAAAGAUCAAGGAGUACAAGAAGACGCCGAUCAAUGCCUUUGUCUCGGAUCCGACGUCGCUGCAGGACGUCUUGACGUUUAUACAGGAGUAUGAGCUGCUGGAGCCGUUUUGCGAGCGACUUGUCAAGAGCAAGGAUUUACGGAGAGUGCUCGGCUGUUCGGGGAAGCCUGACGAGAUCAAGAUUGACAUCUCGUCUCUCUUGGACCUGCCCAAGGACCAGCAUCCAGCGAUUAUCCAGGUUGCUCAGGACACGGUACGGAAAGUCGGGCCAGUACACUUUCAGUACCGGGAACGGUAUGCGGCUGAGCUGCUGGGCACGUACUUUGUCGUGUUGAAGCAUGAAGCAAAGAACGGAGAAAAGGCCAGAGUGCAAUCUGAAAAGCCUGGCUCACGAGAAUCCCAAUAG